UCAGAUUUAUCAGUAUCAAAUGUAUCACAUUUUCACAAUAAAAAAUUAUAUACUUUGUUCUAAUGUAAUGUUUUAGGAGUUUAUCCGACAUUCUUCCUGCUCAGCAAUAGACGGUUAGGUCCACAAGAAUUUGUCAGGCAGGAUGUUGGGUCUCAGGAUGUUUUAGUUUCCUCCUUUUCCCUGCUUAAAACAAUAGCCGCUAAAUACUGCGGCAACACUGUCAGGUUCAAGUGCAUAACAGUCUUACUGUUAAUACUUAGAGGGUUUUUUUUUUUUGGCUUAGGAGGAUUAUUAUUUCCAGGCAACAAAAACUUACAUCAUGUAUGGCUGACAGUAUAUUAGUACACAUAUACAGGGGCCCUAAAUGGGGGAGACAAAUAAGGAGGAUUCUGAGUGAGGCAGGAGCCAAAAACAAAACGUAAAACAUCAUUUAAAUUUUUUUCAUCGGGGCACCAAAUCCCUACUGGAACCCCUAUAUGAUCUAGGCCUGGUUAGAUGUGACAGCCUGGAUACUGGGACGGGGUCUGACUGGGAGGUGAUGGCCCCGAUAGACCAUUUGACCCUUGACCACGAGGGCUCUGAACCAGCAGCAUACCUGGAGCCUUCGCAAGCAGAACUGGCACAGUGUGAGGCAGAAGUGGGAACACUGCUCAACAUCAUCGCUGAACUGAACAAGAAGAUGGGCUCUUUAAAAGCUCCAAGUGAAUCAGGGGAUCUGAGACCCCCAGGACCACCUGGGCCUCUAGUUCCUGACCUUUUGUCCCACAGACUGGCUAGAAGCAGCCCAGAGAGGACCACUGCAUAUGCAAGCAGCCGAACAAAAGGGGGCAGUAGUGUAAUGUGGAGUAAACUGCAGGAGGUUUUAUCUUCAGUGGAGACCUCCAUCAGCUGCAAGCGGUCCUGGGCAGCCCCCAUCACAGCUUUGGACCAGGACAAGCACAGAGAGCAUCUAAGGGCGGCCCAGGAAAGCAGGGUGAAGGCCACUGAGAUAUUAGAGGACAUGGAAAAAGUGUUCGGGAUUUCAUGCCCGUCAGGCCCGUCAAAAGACCAGAAUCAGGAUUACAAACUGGAUCUGGAGAAGCAUGACUCUGCUGUCCGAAGCAGCCUUCAGGGUCACCAGGAGGAGCAGCAGAGAGCACAAAGCUCCAUCGGUCAGAUGGAGGAGGAGAGGAGCAAGCUGGUUGGUCUCCAUAAAUCCUGGAGGUCGGGGAGUCUCUCUCCCUCCUACAGAUCCCACACUGGGCCUCUCAGUCCAGACUGGGCCUCUCCGCCAUUCCCUGGUUCACCUUUACAGAGCAGAAGAACUUCCAGAGCUGUAACCCCUCUGUCCCUGGGUGGAGAUGGUUCUCCUCUGGGCUCUGUUCACUCAUUCAGUCCUUGUCCGAGCCCUGUCAGCUCAGAGUCAGAGAUUGAAAGACUCAACAGGUGCAUCGAGAGGCUGAAGGCCAGAAAUGAGCGUCUGACUGCAGCUCUGGAGCGAAGGAAGGGAGAGUCAGAGCAGAUCAGUGUUAAACUGAACAGACUAGAGGCUGACUGCUGUGCUCUGCAGACGGCUCUAAAAUACAGCGAGGAGUGUGAAGAGGCCUACAGCGAACUGCUGUCGAUUUAUGACUCCAAGAAGCAGCAAAGCAUUCCAGACUCAGCAGAGAAAGUCGUUGACAUGCAGCAGCCCGACAGUCCAUCAGAUCAGCUCAGGAAAAUGGGAACUGAGGAGCUGUCCACCUCCUUCUCAACAGCAGGGGGAAUAGAGGAGGCGCAAACACAGAGCCACACAGGACAGAGGAUCGCUGAGCAGGUGGAGCGGGAAGCUUUUCUCCUUCAGCAAAUUGAGCGCCUGAAGAGGGACCGUGCAGCCAUUUGUCCACCAAAGCAAAGUCCAAGAGAUGAGGCCAAAAUGAGCCCUGAAGUUGGUCACCUGGCUGGAAUGAGAGGGGCACCUGUGACGAAAGAAAGCGCCAGACCUCAAGAUGCGAAGAAAGAGAAGGCUUCACUCUUCUAUGAACUCAUUUCUGUCAGGGAGGAGAUGUCAGAUCUGCGAGCUCUAAUCCGUCUCAAAGAGAAAGAACUGAGAUGUCUGGAGUGGAGUUUGAUGGCCCAGAAGGCGCAGGAAGCAGCCGGAGCUUUUGUUCCAGAAAGCCUCCAAGAGGAGCCGGAGGAUCGUACAGCCGAACAACAGAGGCUCUGUGAAAAUGCAGCUAACCUGGGCAGUGUCGGGGACAUCGCCAGCCCUCGGUCCAGACCCAUCCUGAAAGAGCUGCAGGCGGUUCUGCAAAGGGAACAAGCUCUCAAAAAGAGACUGGCGUUAGUCCAGGACUCCCUAAACAGCGCUCUGACAGACAGCACCUCUCACAGGAGAGACAAUGGGGAGCACUUUGCUCGGCUAACGCAAGCUCACAGCAAAGCCUUGAGUUCGUAUCGGCAGAUUCGAAGAAAGUAUCGGGAGCAGGUUUGGAGGCUGGAGCAGAAAGUGGCGGCGAUGAUGGAGAGUCACCAACAGCAGAGUGAAGCCCAGAAAGCUGCGGGGGAGGCAAUGGAGUGGAGGAGGGAAGAGACUGUUCUGUGAUCAUUCAGUUAAAUACACUUUUUUACAAUUUAUUAUCAACUACAACGCACCUUCCUUCAGAAUUUAAACAACUUGUAUAUUUUAGUUUUCUCAUUUUUUUACAGCAUACCUACAGAAAGCUCGUCAUACCAGUAGCCUUAGAUGUGAUUUGUUUAUAUUAUUAUACAUAUUAGUGUGCCAAAAUGCUAAGCUAAGAUGGUUUGUAUAGACCAUUUAAUGUUUGACCACAGUGAUGACAUGUUUUGUGGGCGGAGCCAAACUGGUGGCACAAUGUUAGCUAGCAGUGUUGAAUAUGCUGAUGAUACUCCGGCAGAACCGGCUUAUGAGGACCAUUGUGUACCAUCAAAAUAAUGUUAAACAUAUUUCUACAGCGCUCGCUUCCAGAAUACCAGAAUUUAUCAGUACAUGCAUGAGUUUGGACUGCAGAGGUAGAACAGGAAACGGACAAGAAGUUUUCUCCCACCAUUUGCAUUUGCCAGUUAUAUAGUGUUACUGUACAUCGUCAUGCCUCAAUAAAAACACUACGUCCAAACUAAAGACAAACUGAACACAAACAAAUCUAUUGACGUAUACAGUUCUGUUCUGUCACAACGUUGAAUACUGAGAUUUAUCAGAUGCUUUUGUGUAUUAAAGACCAACGUAAUGCCUAGCCAGCCACAAGGACAUAAUACUCAGCUAGACGUGCAUUUUGCUACUAUGAGCUUCCUCGACGACAGCAUGUCCUUGUUCUGACCUCCAACAGCAAAAUAAGUAAUUCUUUCUCUUAAACCAAGGAUCUUGUUUGCUCUUUGUGUCUCUCUCCACUUGGUCUCGCUGUUUUUCUGCCACAAGCAACUGAUGUGACGUACAUUUGAGGUAGACUCCACAUUGGUCUGUUGUAAACAUUUAUCUCCGUACCACAGGAAAACAUUGUUAAUGUGAGCAUGUGAUCAUUCUGACAUUAGCAUUAAGGUAAAAGCGCAGAUUUACCAAAGUAGCGCAUCAUAUAGCUGCUAGCAUUAAUUCUAAAAUAGACUGCAUACUUGAGGGUAAUCUAAAAUGUAAUAUAUGUUUUUGGAUGACAACCCUGGUCAUCAUGUGUACCCAUGUAACAACAUGUACCCAAUAAAUUACAACAAAAAACUUU